CACGCGGCGAGGCAGGACCGGAACCUUGACGUCCUCAGACCAUCGAGCCCCGAAUUACCGAUGAAGCCACAGCAGCCUCGCGCACCACAAGCAGACGACAGUUGUGCCACGCAGUUAUCGAGCGGCACCCGAGGGCAAACUGUUCGCGAGUCGUCGUGCUGAUGUCGGCAACAGUGAUUGUCAGACGACAGCGAUGACAGAACGAACUUGCAGGGAGCUCAAACGACGCCACCGACAUGAGCGAUGUCUAUUCACCUGCAAGCAGGACAUGCGCAUCUAGACCAACAUUACUUCCUGAUACGGAUGUGGAGAGCCAAGCAGUGAGUCUCAGGCAGCGUUCACCCUUCCAACCCUCCUCCACACCACUUACUCAUCCACCCUCCCACACGAGACGGAAUGGCCAGCCGCCAGCCCGCGGUGCGGAGCGUUAAGUGAGUAGAACCGACGCCAGCGCUGUGUGCACGAAGCGGGUAGGUGCACCCGGCCUCGCAGACCAUGCUACGCCAGUACCAGGUGGCACGCGCCGCCGUCACCGCCAGUACCACCAGCAACAGCCACAACAGCAGCGGCGGCAACCACCACGGUGCGGGAGCGGCGGACGCCGGCAUCUGGGCCCUGAAGGAGCCGCGGGACGCGGUGUCGGCGCCGCACGCCCGCCCCAUGUCCGCCAAGAUCCUGGCCGUCGGCAUCGCGCUGGUCGCUGUCGUCGUCCUCGCCGUGGCCCUCAUCAUGGGGCUGGAGUUCCCCAAGUACGUGCACGCCCAGGUGAGCGAGGACCAGUGCGUCAUCAACCAACAACACCCCAAGUACAACUCAUGGAGACUGGGUACGCAAUGGUCACGACAGGUAUACCUGUAUUUUUGGGAGCUUUCAAAUGUCGAUGGAUUUUUGUAUUCUGGGCAACUUCCACAGGUACGUCAACGAGGCCCGUAUGUCUACACAGAGAACGAGACUCGCGAGGACGUUCAGUUCAACUCGGAGACGGCGACGUUUCGCGUGAGUCGCAGUCACGUGUUUAGUCAGAACCGUACAAACGAGGAGUGCCCGACAUGUUCGGAAAAUGAUACGCUGACGGUCCUCAACGUGGACUACUUACGUCAAGUCUUCGCUAAAGGCGGGGACGUCAACUACGUCCUUUCUCUGCUGACGUCAUUUUUGCAAGACGUUCUGACGUCAAAUGGUUUGUACGUCUCCGACACCUUCAUGACGAACCUAACGCUGCUCGGUUGCCUAGACAACAGCUGUGAUAAACUGCCGCAUGUUCUUGCCAACGUCUCUUUCGGGAAGUGGCUGCAGGUGAGCAACAGCAGCUACUGCAAGGAGAUUGAGACCAACAGAAGCAGCGCCCCCUUCAACGUCACGGAGCUGCGGGGACUGUACGGUGCGCUGCUGAACGAGUCGGCGCUGGGGACCAAGCUGUUGUCGGUGGACCAGGCCGACGACCUCAACCACCAGUGCCGGAAGUGGGCGAGCGAUGUGUGUCAAGGUGUCGCUUCAAAGGACGUGAACGACAACUGCGGGCUGGUUCACCUGCUUCAGGAGUGCGGUCAUAGGUCGACGGCCGCCCCGAGGGUGCAGGAGAUCGUGUCGAGCUUUUUCUGUCCUUCAGACACGCGGUGCUUGAACCUGACGAGUGUGUCGACACCUGUCUUCUUCACCUACCUGGAGGCUUUGACGGACUUCAUCUUGCAACACCUGGUCAAAGUGACGCAAACGUUUGAGCUCCUUCAAAGGAACCGAGAUCUGGUGGUGACUAUGACCCAGAAUGACCUGGCCAUGGGCUACUUCCUGUACAGCGACACAGAUCAGGGCGAGGUCUCUCGUCACGUGCAAGGUUUGCUGACAGAGGACUGGCUCAAGUCCGACUACAGCACAGGUGUGUCGUGGACAGUCGACACCUGCCUUCAAGGUCGUAGUAUAAGUAACAACCUAAAAGUCAGAGAGUUCAACGGGAGUCAGUACGCACCUCCUUCCCUUCUGAGGAACCCGGCUGAGAGAGUGUCCGUACAAGGCCAGACCGACUUCACCGACGCCUGUAGCUCCAGGCCCACCUGCCAGACAUGUUCAGCGUCCUCCCAAUACCUCUUCCUCUACCUGCCCAGCCUACAACGCACCCUCACCUACACCUGGCGUGACGUCAUGUCCCUCUGGGGCGUAGACGUGCACCGAUACUGGCUGAUGGCAGACAACUUCGUGUGGGAUGCUAGCUACCAAGUCAGCUGUGGCCUGCAGACACUGACGUCAGCUCUCGGCUUCUUCGGGUGGAUCAGCGUUCCUAAGGUCACGGUGACCCAGCUGUCGUCUGCAGGAGGAGACUUGCGGAACUGCUCACUUCCAGAGAUUGAGUCAUUUGUUGACGUGGAGCCAGUGUCGGGGAGGCUGUGGCAAAAGAAAACGCAGCUCCAGCUGAAUGUCGGGAUACGUCCACAAGACGUGGCGAGCCCUCGAUGGCGACCCUUGAACAUCUCCUACUUAAGUAAGGCUAUACCCUUGGUGUGGACAGACAGGCGGGUUCUUCUCGACAGUUCAGAAGUUGGAUACUACAAUUACAAGGUGGUGCGCCUAAUGCGCGUGUCAUGCGGCGGUCUCAUCGGCCUCAGUGUCGUCUCCAUCAUCGUGUUGAUCGUUGGCAGCAUCAUUUUCUUCUACCCGACUCACAUCAACCGGGUGGGCCCGGCGCCGGAGGAGAGCUCCAUUGCGAACCUGCAUUCUCGACACCUGAAUGCCAACUGAAGGAAAGGCACAAGAGCCACGCAGGGUCUAGUCCACCAGUCCCGGAGAUUUAUUCUGCCGGGACAUUCUGGGUGUCAGGAUGACACGAACAUCGCUGCUUGUGACGGAAGUACAGGAUACCUUUUGUUCCAGACGCGGACCUGUGCACGUGGUCCCAAGGGCGUCAGAGUUGUGCUCCUCCGCCGCGCGGCCUCGUUCGUUGACUCGCAGACGCUGAAGCAAAACACACCGUCAGUCACUGAUGCUGGUGCUAAUUGAGUGAGAGAAUCAAAUGAGAGCGAGGUUAAUGAGGUGAUCGUCGUCCUCGGAGGAACUAUCCAGAGUGCAAAUAUGGAGAAGCUGCAUCACGGCUGCAAAGCUACCCAAAGAUGACUUCUUCAGGAUGAAGCUAAGACAUCGCUAACAUUAUCCGUGGUGAUGUGUUCCUUGACUGUCGCCUAAAGAGAAAACUGCCAAUGAAAUUUUACUUCUAAGGAUAGAUUUCUAGACACAGUGGAGAAUUUCUGUCAACAAAUAUCCGAGCCGGUGAGGAUCACCAAGUAUUGACAGAGACACAUUCACCAACCCAGUCAUUUACAUCACAGGCGUUAGUAACUCUGUUUGCUUCUGCUUUGUUGUGUUUAUUUCUUAAAGCUUGAGGGGAGAUCGACUUCCCCUUGUAAAACAAGUGAAGGUCUUCAGUUCAGCAAUCAGAGGUAAAUGCUGAGUUAUAUGCUAAAUGUGCGGUGGGCCCGGUGAGGUAUCAACCUGAACCCAGACUAGUCUAACAAUUCCCUUAGCCUUCCUUAGCGUGCCUUAGUCCCAACGCCAGAAGCUGUCAGUAUUAUGCACCCCUUGUUUUGAUGGUUUGCAUUUAGUGUUUUGGAGGGGGUCCUAAACCUUCUUACACCUUGAGUACAUCUUCCCGCAUUUCUUUUGUCCCACUUUGAAGAAAUAUAGUCUAGAUUAUGGAAAAAUAGAACAUUUCCUCACCACGUGUGAGGUUGAAACAAUCUGCUAUUCACUCUACCACAUUCCCAAUAAGGAAUAUGCCACAAACCUUGAAGGCAAGAAACAUCCUCCAGAUGCUUCUAUAGUCAACAGACGAUUUAUCUGGAAGGUAAAGACAUCUUGUUCAUUCGUUUAUUACAAGGCAAUCAAGAUAGUGUUUAUGGAAGUGGGUGAAGGAACAAUGUAAAAUAUAAGCAUUUAAGUUUAUGUUAAGUUAAAUAUAUGAAAAUAAUAUAAAGUUUCUGAGGCAAUCCAGUCCAUACCAUGUUGACUGUCCGCCCCGCAUUGUUCUUGUGUACAUUUGUUUAUUCUUUUACACGUUAUUUCUAAUUUAUAGCUGAAGACGCUCUAAACGCAAAGGGAGUGUUUCAAGGAUCGGUUUAUAAUUCACACAAGCGGGACAAAGCAACCCAAAUAUUUUUACAAACAUCCUAGUAUGUAAUUAAUGCAAACAAAAUUAGUACACUCAUAUCUACCAGUUGAAGCUGCUGCUGCUUACGUGUUGUUGUUGUUGCUGUUGUUGUUGCUGUUGAGGAGGAGGAAGAUAACGACGAGGACGACGGUGGAGCUAACUAUUUAGCUAUGAGUUAACUAAUAUACAUUAUUUGUUGUGAUGUGUACGCUGUCAUAGAUACCUCUGUAUCGCACUUCCGCCCAUUUGUCCUAAGAAUCUAGUUACAUGCCUGAAGUCUUUCGAGUUACAGGACCUGCGACACCAGUGACGUCACUUACAUUGAGCGGAUGAGUGCGUGCGUGCCCGUGUGCGUGCAGUCGAUGUGACGUGGCGUCACCAGAACUGUUCUAAAACGUUAGAAGCCAGUGACGCAAACGAUGGUGCGCUUGCACCAGUCACACAUUCUUUUCUCUUUCGGAAUAUUUCCUUUCCCCUCCUCUCUCUCUCCAUCCCCUUUCUACAGCUGGGAUUUCUACGACGUCGUUUAACGACUUUCAUCAGACACUCGUUCCCUUGCUGGAGCUAAGCUCUCUCGGCAAUACAAGAAUCAAUCAGUCGGUCAAUUAAUCAAAUAGUCUGGCUGUUUGUCCUCUCUUCAUUUGCUUUUGUCUAUGGUUUUGAUUCUCGUCUUUUCCGGUCCGCUGCAUUUAAAUGUCAGUUUGAUUUCUUCUCUUCGAUGUCGGACCUUUGCUACAUUUUCUUCCCUUGUAGUCUGUUUUCUUUGCCUUUCUCCUCGACUGUCUCCUGGAGGAUUGCGUGGACACGACCCUCUUAGCGUCCAGACUUAUAAGCCAUUGCAACGUAAAUAAUGGAGACAAGGUACAUAACAGUCCGGCAAGUGGAUAAAGAAUUCAUCGCUGGCGAGGUCUCCAGCAUCUAUUUUUGUUUGAAGUAAGAGGGCUUUAGAAAUCUUCCUCCGACGAUCGAACUGUCGGGUCACGCGUGCUUUCAUGGAGUCCCACCGUCAGACUCAGCGCUUAAAGGGUUAAUGGGGACCUUUACACUUCUUGUAGCACAGUCACUUCAAAGCAACAAAUCCCUUCUAUUUGUGCUUCUUUCUAAAGACAAGGAAUCUUGCAUCGAAAGUUUUUCAAAUAUAUAUUACAUAAUAAACAUUCUCUUUGAUCGGUAUCUGUGCUACUCUCGUGCUCCACCCCAGUAAUCCAGGUUUACUUUGUAUGUGAUGAUAUGUGUUAGAGUGGUUAGACAGUCUACUUGCUCCCAUUCUUUUCUCCGACUACUUUUCCAUGAAGUAACCGUAGUUGUUGGCUCGGCGAGAGUGUGUGUGAGAGAGACUUACCUGCGUUCACUUUCUUCAUGAACUAAUAUCGUCCGUGCUUUCUUGUUUAUCUGUUAAAUUUUGUUUUUGUCGUCUACUAUAUUGCACUAGCUAACCCCGAAUUACUGACAAUUACACACAAGAAAAAUAUGCAGAUGAUUUAUUAUCUGUUCUGACCGAUUGAAAUUGAAAAAAAUAAAGAUAGAUGAUACGCUUGGAAAGGUUGUAAAUCGUAGUUACAAGGAGCAGUGCCGGUGUUGCUAACCAGCAUCGAUCAUCGCUCCUGAAAGCAAACUCGAGCUGAAGCUAUUCACGCUCAUUUGUCAUGACCAUGACUCCAAUUAUUUGUCUCGAGUGCAGAACAAAUAGAAACCCACUCAGUUCAUAUUCUGUUGACCAACCUUGUUUUUGUGAAAAAGGAGCUAACAAUUAUAGAUUAAAUCUAUACAGUAUGAUCAGGUAAUUUAUCUUGAUAUGGUUAACUUAAGAUUAAAAAAAAAAAACUUUCUUUUUUUUAACCGUAAUAUUGACAUCGUGAGCCUGUCUACAAUGUUGUUGCUUUGUUCCUCCAUCUCUCCAGUUCUUGCACAAGGCGUCGUGUGGUCAAGUAUCUGAUGUCAACCGAUUUUAAAGCUUGGUUUUUCCACGUGGGUUUGGUCCUACCCAUGGCAUUUUCAUCAUGGUACCAUACAAUAAGACGCAAUUGUUAUCAGUCAGAUGUCAUCAUUCAUAAAUAAUUAACAGGUCAAACCUCAUAUGAAGCGAGCUGCUUUGAACCUAUCCGUUUGUCAAAUUGUUAUUAUUUAUUUUAUUUUUGCUGUUGACCGGUGACUUAAACCAAAAUGUAGCCGAACUCUUGUCAUUUUUUUAGGUUUUUGUAAAGGUUCAGCUGUCGAGGCUGCUUCGCAUGCUGUUAACUUUAUUUUUAUAAACUGCUCUCCGUCAUAACCUUUGCAAUCCAUUCUUUUCGCGUGCAGAAAUUGAUAUAUUUAUAUACCUAAUAUGCCUAAGAUUAAGCUCAUAUCUGUAAAUAGAGAAAAAAAAAAUCAACGAUGGAAAUAGAAAGUUUCCUAAUCGAGUAAAACUCAGGUAUCCCAUGACGUCAUGAAGUGUGAAAACGAGGCUGCCAUUAGACCCCGGAUUUAUCGAAAGUUAACGUCGGGUAAACACAGCGAAAACAUCGCCGUCACCAUGGUGAUGAUAAGGAAACGUCCCUCUGGCUGUAAAUUGCUUUUCGAUCGAAACACCAGGUGAGGUGGAGGGCGCAGUGCGCUAAGACGAGGCAUUAGUUGUGGUCAAAUGAAGGACAGUCAUUUCCGAGCUAUUUUUAGCCUUUGUUUCCAGAAGUGAUUCAGUUAAUGAGAAAGCUGUUAGUAUGUAGAUAACGCACUCGCAAAUAAUUACCACUGGUUAUCUUCUUAAUUUUACAGAAUCUCAUCUUUCUGUGUAAAACGUUGUCAUUGUUACGGUGCAUGUGGUCAACGUAUCUUUAUUAAACAGAAAAAUAUACAGACCAAUGGAACAGUGAGUCGCGAGAUACCAACACACAGCCAAUACAUCAAAUGAGAGGCGAAUAAAUUGCGAAUAUUUUUAUAACUACUCUAAGGCGGGGAGAGUUUACCGACUCUAUUAGAAGCCUGUAAUAAAUUAUCAACAAAUCAGACACUAAAAUGUAACAUCAAACAGUUCUGUCGUAGCAAAGUUAUUAUUUAUGACAAAUUAAUAAACAAAAAUUGACAAAAUUUCUGGCAUGGAUCUGAGAAGACUGGCCAGUUUAUAACCAGAUGACUCGGUUAUACAAACAAAACUGCUGAUGAUCAGCUUCCUACAAAGGCUGAUGCUUGUGUAGGGAAACGGUUCCGAACUGCAACUGGUCUGGGGACAGUUGGUUCGAAUCUCGCGAGGUCGAGUUCGUGCAUCUCGUGAACCGUUACAGCGACUGUUUGUAGCUCGGCGAUCGUUUGACAGAAAGACCAUCAAUGGCGCCUCCUCUAGAAGUUUUCAUCGCAGGAUCGGUCACUGCUGUUCACAGUUCUCACAUCUUAAUUCUCGCCAGCACGUCUGCUGUGUCAAACUAUCUCUCUCAACAUAGUAUAUUGUCAAACUAUUGACUAUCUGAACAUGAGAUGUUGUCAAACUAUGGAUACAUGCCAAGCAGUCAAAGAACUGCUAAUAAAAUAUCAACAGCUUCACAGAUCUCUUUACCCAUCAAGCAAGCUCCUAGUAGUGUUUAGUGCACUUGUCUCUCCCACAACCAUAAACCUUUUCAAUGUCACCAUGGAUAUCUGCACGCGCGCCCCUCGUACACCCAACAAAUACAAACAAUUGCAGAAAUGAAAUAUAAAGACUCGUUAAAACUACCUUUAUGGACAAAUUUCAUGCCUUAUCAUAACAAGCCAUCCUACAUGCUUACAUCUAUUAAAUACAAAUAAAUGCAGAAAAUUUCUUUAGCCAAGUACGGAUUGAGUUUUAUUGCUGCUCAGCAUGUGAAAAAGCAUUUAAUGCUCGCCAGCCAUACUUUAUUUAUUACAUCGCACGUGAACUUUGGCUUGAACUUGAGUAAAUGUUGGUACCUGUCGUCAGACAUGUAAAGUAUUUACGAUAUGUUAACAUUUUUUAAGCUGUGCUUGUAAAUAUUUGUUACAUUUUUGCAGACGAUAACAUGAUAGUCUCGCCUGUUGUUAUUUAUUUGCUAAAAGUAACUUCAAGUCACCACAGUCAGAGUCACCCUCGCUUUUGGCGGUGUUCACAUGGUUGUAUUUUGUACAAGAUGGUAUUUUGUACAUGAAGACCUGCAGGUAUAUGCUAGCUGUCAGUCAUAUUUUUAGCUAACAGGUUAAGUAUUUGUUAAACAGAAUCCGUAUUGCUAACUUCCAGUUUCAGUUUAAUUUGAAUAUCUGUCAAAAGCAAACAGGUUGUUCAGCCCAUAUAAUACAAUAUUCGUUCAUGCAAAUAUGUGGAGCUGUGGACUUGUUCAUACAAAAAGUCUAUGGAGCUAUUUGUUCACUUGUAAAUGCUCAGAUUACGAAAUACUUUAUAAAAGUUGUCAUGUGGUUGUUGAUUUGAAGUAUUUGUCAAGCAGCCGUUCAGCCAAAAUGUUCAGUCUUUCACACUGUAAAGCAUAUUAGAAGCUGUCUGUUAAACACACGUUUAGUCUUGUUUACAACAACUCGCAAUGCAGUUAUUAAUUUAUAAAACCUUAUUUAUUUACGAGAGAAUAUAAGUAUUUAAAAUGUAUUUAAUCAGCUUCUAUGUAAUAAUGAAAACCCUAUGUCUACGUCUGAUGUAAAAUCACUGCUAAGGUAUGAUGAUCAGCUUUUAUGAUGUCCUGAGUUUACAUGUUUACUUUGUAUUGCAAUAAACCCAGUAGGUCUAUUUAGGAUUAGAAAGACUACUGAAUGCUCCCACUCUCAAUCCUUUUAUUCUAACAAAGAGAUUGAAACUUGUAACAUGUAGUGCAGUCAGUGAUUUUGCUGUCCAAGACUUGCCAUCCUCUCCCCUGAGGUAUGUAGGGUGCAGGUAGUCUUUACACUGUGUGUGUUAUGUGUUGUUAGCAAAGCAGUGGAUGCUGUCAAAGGCAGCACAUUGUUAUAUCGCGCAGACAACCGACAAGCUUUAUUAAUACAUAUAGUUUGCUAAAUGCAAGUAUUAUUAUGUGUAAUUUGUCAGGUGCAUAACUCCUAUAUCAAGAGACCAGCUUUAUGUUAAUUAUCAAGAACUUCAAAAUUAUUAUCCUAUAUUUUCUGAAAAUCAAAAUGCAACGAUUUAUACUAUGGACAUACCGUUGACGACGAUGUAAAAGACCAGACAAACAACAAAUUUUUGUUUUGUGUUUUGAUAAUAGUCAGACAUGUUAUCAACCUCUCACAAAACGAGCGAUUCUUCACACAAUCCUAUCCUCACAUCUCACAUGCUACUCGAAGAGCGUUUUCCGCAGACGAUAAUUCAGAAACAUUUGUUAAAUACAUAUUAGAGUGACAGGACAGGACAACUGGUCUACCGUAAGAUAGACUACAGGAAUAAAUUUGUAUUUCUUUAUAAAUGAAAUGCUAGCUACAAUAAAAUGCAAGUGAAAACUAUUUUCAGUAUAAUUAUUUCAUACCGUUCUGUAUUUGUCCGAUUAUUGUGCUUUUUGUUUUCUUUUUGUUUAAGGUUUGUACUUCAUCAAUGCAUUUCUUGUAAUGUCUUCCCUGUCCAUCCCACAAAUUUCUUUCAAAUCGUGAAGUGAAAUGAAGAGACACAUCAGUAGCUGACUUGUUUCAUUUGGUCUUCAUCCCAGUUGCCUCUCAAGUUCCCUGGUGCGACACUCAUCAAACCAAAGAAACGCUUUAAAAGACUGGUCCUGACAUGGCAAGAGUCCACACCUUCUCUUGCUGCUUAUUUACGCAUAUUUUUUUAAAAUAAAACAUUUAAAUGAAUUGUUAUUAUUUGUAUGUGUUGGCACAUUUAGAGAGAAAAGAUUUGGGCCGCUUAGAGAACCUGAUUUCUGUAUGUCGUCAUCCUCAGUCUUGUGGAGUCUUUGCUUUGGCAAGCAGCUUCUUUUGAAGUUAAUUAUCAUAUAGACAUAAUAUUCUGUUUGAUAAAGGUCAGGAACAGUUGCUGACCUAAUGAAACUGGGGAGCAUCAGGGUCAGUGACAAAAAUAAUUGCUAGCAUGAGAGACAAAAGAGGUUGGAAGGGAAGUUGGUAGGAUGGGGAGAGGGGAGAAGAGGUACCUGCUACACAUUUUUCUAAAAAUUCUACAGGUCAAAGGUACGCAGACAAAAAGUGGGGUAGCCAGGUACACCAUACCUCACUGCAAUAUUCAUGAACGUUCGUUCAUGUGAGAUGUACCGCCACUUUAGUAUUUACUCUUCCUUUUGUUUCUGUUCAUCGAGCUUACAGUCUGGACAUACUGUUAAAUAACGAUAAUAAUAAAAGAGAAUUUUCAUGCCGUUUGAAAAGUGUUCUUGUUUCAUAAGUGUGGGUAAGCAAUAAAGAAUUAUGUUGUG